AUGGCGGACCCCGAGGGCACAGCUGAGGGGCCGUUAGUGGGCGCGGUGGUGCAGGGAACCAAUUCUACUCGCUUUCUGGUCUUCUGUGCAAAAACAGCAGAGCUGGUGAGCUUCCACAAGGUGGAGUUAGCCCAGGAGUGCCCGCAGGAAGGAUGGGUGGAGCAAGACCCCAAGGGCAUCCUCCAGUCUGUCUACGAAUGUAUCGAGAAAACGUGCGAGAAGCUGGGCGAACCCAACCGGAUCAAGGCCAUCGGGAUCAGCAAUCAGAGGGAGACCACCGUGGUCUGGGACAAGUUCUCCGGGGAGCCGCUGUACAAUGCCAUCCUCUGGCUUGACCUGAGAACCCAGAACACGGUCCAGACUCUCGGGAGAAGAAUCCCGGGCAACAACAACUUCGUCAGGUCCAAGACGGGCCUGCCCCUGAGCACCAACUUCAGCGCGGUGAAGCUCCGCUGGCUGAUGGACAACGUGGAAGAGGUGCAGAGCGCGAUCGAGGAAGAACGAGCCUUUUUCGGCACCGUCGACUCGUGGCUCAUCUGGAACUUGACGGGCGGGGCCAACGGAGGCGUGCACUGCACCGACGUGACCAACGCCAGCAGAACGAUGCUUUUCAACAUCCACACCCUGGCCUGGGACAAGCAGCUCUGCAAUUUCUUCGAAAUCCCCAUGCACAUUCUCCCCAGCGCCUGCAGCUCUUCCGAGAUCUACGGCCUGAUCAAGGGCGGCGCCCUGGAUGGGGUGCCCAUCUCCGGGUGCCUGGGGGACCAGUCCGCCGCGCUAGUGGGACAGAUGUGCUUCGAGGAAGGACAGGCCAAGAACACGUACGGCACGGGCUGCUUCUUGCUGUGUAACACGGGUCAGAAGUGUGUCUUUUCGGAGCACGGCCUCCUGACAACUGUGGGUUACAAACUCGGCAAAGAAAAGCCCGUCUUCUAUGCCUUGGAGGGGUCCGUGGCGAUCGCCGGCGCUCUGGUUCGAUGGUUCAAGGACAAUCUUGGAAUUAUCAAGGCCCCGGAGGAAAUCGAUGUGCUUGCCACCAAGGCAGGCACGUCUUACGGCUGCUACUUCGUCCCGGCCUUUGCGGGGUUAUACGCGCCCUACUGGGAGUCCAGCGCGAGAGGGAUCCUCUGCGGGCUCACUCAGUUCACCAAUAAGAACCACAUCGCCUUCGCGGCCUUAGAAGCCGUCUGUUUCCAAACCCGAGAGAUCGUGGAUGCCAUGAACCACGACUACGGCACGCCACUCACGCAUCUGCGGGCGGAUGGAGGCAUGACCAAAAGCAACGUCCUGAUGCAGCUGCAAGCAGACAUCCUCCAUAUCCCGGUCCUCAAGUCCUGCAUGCCCGAAACCACGGCGCUGGGGGCUGCCCUGGCAGCAGGAGCUGCAGAAGGAGUGAAUGUCUGGAGUCUGAAACCAGACGAAUUAACGCCCUUGGAGGUGGAAGAGAUCGAACCGCAGAUCCAGGUCGAAGACAGCAACGCUCGUUUCAGCACCUGGAAGAAAGCUGUGCAGAAGUCGAUGGGCUGGGUCACGCCUCCACUUCCUGAAGGUGGUGACGGUUCUGUCUUCUCUAGUUUGCCCUUGGGGUUUUUUAUAGUGAGUAGCAUGAUAAUGUUAAUCGGAGCAAGAUACGCCAUGAGUUUGUGA